UGGAAAAUGAGUCCGUUUUAGAACGGAUAUCAAAUUUCCAAUGCGCACCGCUUGUGGCCAUGCGACUCAACAGUUUGCUUGGUUUGGGCCUGGCCAAAGCAGACAAGGAACCCAAGAGACAGAAACGGUCCGUCUAGAGGGAGUCAGAAUACGAGAUGGAACGGCCGAAGGAUGUGUUGGACUCUCUGGGCCUGGGCACCAAGGCUCCUCAGGCCCCAAAGAAAGAUCCAGGUGCGAAAUGCUCCCCCGACGAGGAGAUGAGGCGUUGGCUGCAAGAUGAGGUGGCCCCUGAAGAGGGAAAAGCAGAUGGUGUUGAACCUGCUCAUUCUUCUGAGCAGACGCCAGAGAGGCUUCCUGAGUGGCAGCUGGCCUUUGCAAAGGCAAAGGAUAGGUGGGACAGCACCGGCGAGCGGUGUUUUUACCACCACUCUGAGAACAACCUCUAUUUUGAGUGGGAUCAAGGUGCUGGGUUGCUCUUCCAGUAUUUCGUGGAGGAGGUUGCAUCGAACCAGCGGCUCCCAGAGAGGGCGCCCAUAUGGUCGGCGGAGUGUCCUGAGACCCAUGCGGAGGUGUGGGAGGUGUUACCGCUGCCGCCCACGGAUCCGAACGCCCAGG